GGCCAGGAGGGGGCGGUGUCGGUGUCGGCGCGGUUCCGGCUGAAGAUGGCGGCGGAGGGCGGAGGGAAGGAGCUGAACGAGAUCAAGUCGCAGUUCCGGACCCGGGAGGGAGCCUACAAGCUGCUGAGCCUGUCCGAGUACAGCCGCCCGAACCGGGUGCCCCUGAGCGCCACCCAGGGCACCAACCCGGUGCGGGUCUCCAUGGUGAACGUGAGGGACCAGAGCGGCAGUGGGGACCGCAUCUGCUUCAAUGUGGGCCGCGAACUCUACCUCUACCUGUACCGGGGCCCCAGGAAGGCAGCAGAUCUGAGUAAACCCAUUGACAAACGUAUCUACAAAGGGACACAACCCACCUGCCACGAUUUUAACCAGUUCACUGCCACGCCCGACAGUGUCUCGCUUGUAGUUGGCUUCUCUGCAGGACAAGUCCAGUACCUGGAUCCGAUCAAGAAAGAAACCAGCAAGUUGUUCAAUGAAGAGAGGUUCAUCGACAAGACCAAGGUGACCUGUUUGAAGUGGAUGCCGGAGUCUGAGAGUCUUUUCCUUGUCGCCCACACCAGUGGCAACCUCUACUUGUACAAUGUAGAGCACCCGUGUGGCACCACCGCACCUCACUACCAGCCGCUGAAGCAGGGGCCGGGCUUCACCGUCUACACCUGCAAAAGCAAGUCGAGCCGCAACCCGCUCCUGAAGUGGUCCGUCGGGGAGGGUGCCCUCCAUGAGUUCGCCUUUGCCCCCGACGGCAAGUACGUGGCAUGUGCCAGUCAAGAUGGCAGCCUGCGGGUCUUCCACUUUGACUCAAUGGAGCUGUACGGCGCAAUGAAGAGCUACUUUGGCGGGCUGCUGUGCGUGUGCUGGAGCCCAGACGGCCGGUACAUCGUGACGGGCGGGGAGGACGACCUGGUGACGGUCUGGUCCUUUUGGGACUGUCGGGUGGUCGCCCGUGGUCACGGCCACAAGUCCUGGGUCAGCGUGGUGGCCUUCGACCCUUACACAAGCAGCGUGGACGACGGGGAGCAGCCCGAGUUCAGCGGCAGCGACGAGGACUUUCAGGAGCAUGCCCCGCUAGGCCGCAAUCGGACCAACAGCACUUUAUCCCGACUGUCCAAGCACAACUCCACAGACGGCCGGGCGACGAACGUGACUUACCGCUUCGGCUCAGUGGGGCAGGACACUCAGUUUUGUCUGUGGGACCUGACGGAAGACAUUCUGUUCCCCCAUCAGCCCCUCUCACGAGCUCGGACACACACGAACAUGGUGAACACGACCGUGCCCAGCUCCCUGAGCUGUGGAAGCCACACCAGCAGCCUCGCGCUGGAAGCCAACAUGGCUAACUCCAUUCCGCACUCGCUCUCCCGGUCGAACAGUCUUCCGCACCCGGCCGUCACGAACGCCAACAGCAAGGCCCACUCGACGGACGGGGGAGUGCCCUUCAGCAUCAGCAAGUUUGCCACGCUGACGCUGCAUGACCGCAAAGACAAGAGCGCAGAGAAGGAGCACAAGCGGAACCACAGCAUCAGCCAUGUCAUUAGCAAGAGCAACGAUAAGCUCAACCUGGUCACGCGGAACAAACUCGACACUGCCAAGACUUUGGGGACCACCUUGUGUCCCCGCAUGGACGAAGUGCCCUUGCUGGAGCCUCUGGUCUGUAAAAAGAUCGCACACGAGAGACUAACGGUGUUGAUAUUCUUGGAGGACUGCAUAGUCACUGCUUGCCAAGAAGGCUUCAUUUGCACAUGGGCACGGCCAGGUAAAGUGGGUUUGUUGUCGGCACAGAAUCAGGCUAAUUCGCCAAGUGGAACGGUGGUGUAACUGGACCUCUGGUGCAAAAGUACUUUCUGUCGAGUGGGCACUGCCAGUAUUUCAGUACUCGCCUGUUGACUAUCGAAGCUGCUGAUGCACUGACAUUCCCAGUUCUGGGAUAAGGAAUCCCCAAAUUGUUCACCCAUGACUGGUGCAAACAAACUCCUUUAUUUAUUAAUAGAUUGAACCUAAAUCCCUCGGUGGAGUUUGAACCUCAGAUCACAUCUAAUUUAUGUAACUUUACAGUCUAAAAUGUAACCCAGCGAGCAGAGCAGGAAGCUUUAUCAGUGUCUUACUCCAGAUAGAUUAUUAUAUAUUAUGUACAUAGACAAAGAAACUAAUUAAGGACAGGGCAAUCAGUGUAAUUCUUAUCACAGUAUCAUUUACGAGAAGACAGCAAUACAAAUUAUGAGCAUCUGAAAUAGGAUUUGGAUGAAGUCCUGGUAUUUGGAAAAGUUUCUCUCCAAUAUGAUAUGGAAAAGCAUUUGAAGAAUUGAGGCCUUGACUGAACAAUUUGUCUGACGCUGUUUGUAAAGUGGGCCAAUGGAGCGUUGAUGGCCGCUAUUUUUUUAUUUGCACUUAAUCACGGUGUUCUACCAGAAACUGAGCUGUGAUGCACUACAUUUGGUAGCAUUACCUUGGGCCAUAAAUAUUGUCCAUGCUGUAAUUUGAAAAUGAUAACAAAUGACCGGUUUCUCCUUUAUUAAAAUAUUUAAAAUAUGUUUCUAACA